CCUAGUCUAGGACGACAGAUGUUUAAUUAUAUGAAUGUAAGGGAGUGUACCACAGGCCAGCAUAUCAAGCAAGGCUGCAUGCGAAUUGCAUGCCUCUAUCUAUCUCCGGGCUGACCUAAUGACUAGACAAGAAGGCCGUUUGUCCGAUCUCAUCGCUGAGCUUCACUUGAAAGGCGAUCUCCAUACCGCAGUCGAUGUGUUGUAGCUGCUGCUGAUGCUGUUGAGAGAUGUUGUACAACAAGGGAUGCGAAAAGUGGGACCUGUACUCUUGCGGCCUUAGUUGGGUUCGUGUCAUGAAGAGCUGGCUGGCUUGGCUUUGGUGCGGCACUGUGGCUGUUCGGGUGAAAUUGGAUUGCCAGUGAUCAUUCAAAUGAUGAGAGUUCAAGAACCUUCUUAACUCUGGUGAUGGUGCGAGCCGGAAGAGGACAUAGCCUCGAGCCUGAGGCGGGUUCAGAGUGACUCACAGUACUGUAGGCGGUAGUUUCUCCCUCGCGACUUGGUUGAUGCUGCUUAUUACCAUGAGCAGAGGGAGGGGGCCUGCGAGUACAGAUCUGACCGUGGCCGAGGGCAAGAACACAUGGAAGUAAAGGGAAGGCAGGCCAGGAACUAGGAUGGAGUUUUCUACGUGUAGACGAAGGACCACUUGGACUAAACGGACGGGGAUGGGCGAUGGGGGUGGCAGCAGCAACAGCAGUACUGCGGUGUGUUUCACGACGGAGGGUUCCUCAGCAUCUAUCCGGACCCUCGGCAACGCCGGAUCUAGAGAAAAUGAGAGAAACAACAAUGGGACGAGACGUUACGUCUCCAGGGGAGGGACUGGCUGGAUCAUUUCAAGAGGAGCAAGUUCGACAUUCCAUCACCUACCAACCUAUUGAAUGGAUGACAUUCCGAAUGACGACACCUAAUGUUUCUAACAACCAAUCAAGUGUAGCCAUGAGCUCACUCAGUGGCUCGUAGCAUUCAGGAUGAUGAUGAUGACGAUGACGAUUCAGUCGCUGACUAUCAGACAAAACCUUCUCUCCCCAGUAAUGCAUUGCUACGCUGCUGCACUGCUCUGCUCUGCAGGACUUCUAAUUGUGGACACGAAGUCCAAUGCUGAUAGUUAUGGUCGUGCUGUGUAUGAUCACUCGAGGUCAAAUCAGCUCAUAACGUUAGUUCCGUCUGCUUCCUACCGUCGUAUGGCUUCAAGGCUUAUGCGUUUCCUCCUAAGGAGACUUCUUAGUACAUGAGGCUGGACGCGUAGGUCCCGAUGAGACUAACUGACUUGAGAGCUCAUUACUGUAUAGUAAAUCUUCGGCAUUCAUUGGCCAUGUACUGUACUGUAUCUGCAAAAGCAGCCGUCGCUAUUCGCCCGUCGCUCCUAUUCUUAGAUUUGCGCUCAUGCUAAUGUAGGCGAGUUGUUUCAAUCAAUGAACGAGAAACUGAGAAUAUGGAUCCGACGAUAUUAAUCCGAGAUUCUCCUCGACGGCUUUGGAGCUCAUAAGUUGGAAGAGAUUUCGUUAUUCAAUGACCGAAUGAAUACGUCUCAUUCUGGUUGUUGAUAUUAGAGCUGCUCAGAAAGGAAAGCCAUGGCAUUAAAAAAAAAAUGCUGCAGACGAAAAAUUGCUCAUGUCGCCAUUUGGGUACUGACUUUUGCUAAUUUAGUCCGAACUUUAUCUACCGUGUCCAAAA